CAGUGUACGAGUAGGUCAUACGAGAGAAGAGAGGUAGUUCGCGUUUAACAAACGACUCGUUCGUUGGACAAAGCGUAUAAUAAUCGUUGGACCGCUUCUCUAAAUUUUUCAUUCGUAUCUCUUUUUCAAGAAUAUCUCGUUUCUAAUAUCAAUCUUCAUUUUUUCUUAUUAGUGUUACUAUCAUCGUCAUCGUCGUUACUGUUUUCGUCGUUGCUAUCGUCUUUGUAGUAUUUUUCAUUCUAUCUUUUUCGACGUUGUUAUUGUUGUCGUCAUUCUCAUCGUUCUGUGUUGUACUUAAUCCUUGACGUGUCCUUGUUAUUAUUGUCCUUGUCCUUAUUUGCGGAGAAUAUAAUAGAAAAUCGAGGAAAAUGGAUACUCCCAUCGAAGAGCAAUGGCUGAAUAUAUUUAUCAUAUAAGGAAGAAUCGAUAUUGAUUCGAUCGAUUAAAAACGGAACAAUUUUUUUUUCAGUAUAAAUUAGUAUAAAUUAUCGCGGAAUUGAUUUUCUCUUAUUUUCAAUUUUUUUUAAAAAAAGGAAAAAAGGAAUUAAUGAUACUUGAAAGAGAAAACCGAAAGAAUAUGAAAAUAUAAGGAGAAUAACGAAAAAUAUAAAAAUAAAAGUGCCUCUAAAGAGAAGUGGAUUUCAAACGUGUAAAAUAUUGGACGAUAUUUUUGGAUUAAAUCUUAUUUUUUCAAAAAAGUGCAAAAAAAUAGCAUUGGAAAAAAAAUUAUAAAAAGUGAAAAGGAAGAGAGAUGUAAAAAAAAAAACAAAAGAAAAAUUGAAAGAAAGAGCAAGAACGUAAAAAAAAGAAGGGUAACAAAGGGUAAAAGACAAGUAUUUUUAUUAUGCAAUAUCUAUUACAAUGGUAUUUAUUAUACAAUAUUUAUUAAAAUUUGUAACAAGCAUGUUGUAUUAAGCAUAUGUAAUCUAAAAAAGAAGAUAGAAAGUUAUAGAAGAAAGAAGAUAGAAAAUUAUCAAAAUUAACAUAAAAAAUUUUGAAUCAUGCGACACGAUUUGAUAAAAAAUAUAUCACAAAUUCAACAAGCCGAACUAAAAAAAACGAGAAAAAUUAAUAAUCGUUUAAUUAAAAAAGAAAAUUCGUAAUAGUGUUUGUAUAAUUCGCUCUUCGCUUAUGAAUUUAUAUAUUUUUCUUCGAACAACUACUCCCAUGGAAUAGCAUCAUCAUCGGUCAACAUAUAAUAUUGUAAUAUAUCGAUCCUCUUCGGUAUCGACAAUAAGCGGAGACGCGUUUUUGUUCAUUAGAAGAAUAUACGAGAUGAAUACGUUCGUUAAAGCAUCAAAAGUUUUCAUUGCUCGAUAAUCAGCUCGCAAAGUCUACAAACAAACGAAUACGAAAAGUAGUUCCGUUUCUAGUUUGGUUCAGGGAACGAUCGAAUAUGGAAAUCGCAGCCUCUGCAAUGUUGGAUGGCCUGAAAAACAAUCGAAUCAGCAAGUUGGCACUGUCGCGGUUCUUGUCGCAGAGUCUGUGAGUAAAUUAACUCGGCCGUUCGUCGAGCACGUAAUCGAUUCGACGUGGUACAAGUAACCAGGAUGCUAGAAAGCAUCGUCAUAUAGUGUGCACAAUAAUUGAUUGCUUGGCUUUUUUAUGCUUUUAUUGCGUUUCAUCGUCAUCUAGUUAAUUAGUUUCCCAACCUACGUAUUCUCGAUCCUUUUGACAUUUAUCGCGCGCACUUGCUUAUUGCUGCUCCGAAAUUGAUUAUCCACGCGCGAAUCGUUCGCGUUCUCACGAUAGGCACAACAUGAUUAUAUUGCUAUCUGUACCAACUCUCUUCGACCUGCUUCGUCUUUUUAAUCUUGCUUAUAUACAAAAUAUUUUUCUGUAACUGUUUAGCAACAAUUUUACAAAGCAUGCAAAAUUUUAAAGGAAUUUUACGAAAUAAAAAUCCCGAUGUCGUCAUUUAAUCUAGCUUAAUUCAUGAAAGUAAUACUUACAUGAAACAAUACUACCAAUUUUAUUCUUUGAUUUUUAUUCUUCGUUCUUUUCGUUUUUCUCGUAAAAGAAAUAUUUUCUAUUCUUUUAUAAUCAUUAUGUUUUCAUAAAUAUGUGAUAUAAUUAAAAAAAAUUCAUAGACAAUAAGAAAGAAAAAAAAUUGAUAAUGAAAAUAAAUCAUAGAAAAAGGUGAAGUGAUGAAGAGAGGAGGUAGUAACGAACGAAAGAAGAAAAAAGAAAGAGAAAAUGCAAAAGAAAGAAAGAAAAAGUAGAGAGAGAGAGAGAGAGAGAGAGAGAGAGAGAGAGAGAGAAUAGAUAAAAAAAAAGAAUUAUUUUUUAUUUGCUCUUAAAAUUCUGUUUAAAAUUUAUAUGUAUCAAUAUUAUUUAAUUUAUUUAUAUAUUUCAUAUAAAAAAAUUUAGCAUAAUAAUUCGAAUUUCAAUUCGAAAAUACAUUGAUAUGAAGUGUCUAAGAGAAUAAAUAAAAAAAUAUAUAUAAAUAUGUACAAAAUUAUAUAUUUAUAUAUCUAUACAAGUCUAUAUUUUCGAAAUUAUAAUGUUUAUUCCUAUCUCUUUGGAAUAAAAAAAAAUUAAGAUUAUUAAAUCAUGGAUUAGUUUGCUAAUAGUUAUUAUUGGCUAUUAAAAAUUUUUAUUUGCAUUUUCGUAAAUUUUAACGUGUUUUAAAAUAAAAAAUUAUAUAAUAAAUACAUGAAUAAUUCGUGACAUCUGCAUUUAUUAUCUAGUAAAAGUUCGGUCACUCAUCAUACUUCGGUUGCGCACGCACCUGCAACCCAUUUUCAUUUUUUUUAUUUCUCAUCUAACGAAGACAUAUACGAAUAAUUGAAAGAACACCGGAGCUGGCCCACUUUAUUCAACGAUGCCUCAGGCUUUUUCGAAACAAAAGAAGAAUAAAAAACAAAUUUUGAUCGAACUUGUCAUUUUAAUGAUUUGUGACUCUUUCUUGUUUAUAAAAAUAGAUAUUUUUCAAUUUAUUCUAUAAUUUCUAUGUUAUAUUUUUUUUCUUUCAUUUUUAAUGAUUUAAUCGAUUUUUUAUAUAUUUAAAAAUUAAAAGAUACUGUUCUAUAAUUUAUAUAUAUUGGAAAAUCCUAUAAAUAUAAUUAUAAAUCUAUGUAUAUUAUUAAUUAAAAUAAUUGGAAUAUUAAGCAAUAAUGUAAUUUGUUGAUAAUAAUUAACUCGAAAUUUAUGAUUAACUAAUAAUUUUGGAAAAAAUAAUGAAGAUAGGCCGAAAGGAGAGAGGAAAGGAAGAAGUAAGAACAAAAAAAAAGGAAGAACAAGAAAAAAUGAAAAAAGAAAGAAAAGAGCAAGAAGAUUAAAGAAAAUAAGAGAGAGAGAGAGAGAGAGAGAGAGAGAGAGAGAGAGAGAGAGAGAGAGAGAGAGAGAGCCAAUGAAAUAUCAGGAAAAUAUAUAUGGUUGAUAAGGAUGAUGGUUGAGAAGGUAGCAAUAGUGGAGGUGGUAUAAUGGUAAAGAUAGGAUAGAAUGGUGACGGUAGUGGGAGAAGUCUGGCAAUGUUAGUAAUGGUGGUAGUGGUAAUGGAGGGGAUAGAAAUGGAGGGAGGAUAGUAAUAUAUAGAAAAGAGUAAAGAUAGGAUAUGAUAAAGUAAUAUAACCAUGGCGGGGAGAUUGACCAAGAAAAGAGGGGUAGGUCUGGGUUAAAAGAGAAGGAAGAAAUGAAGAAAGGAAAGAGAGAAAAGAAAAGAGGGGCGCAAGCGUUUGAUCCCUGGUGCGUAGGAGAAGUUUUCUAUGGCGUCCUGAAUAUUCCUUUGGUGAGCAGCGAGGUGGCGCCAAUGUAUCGAAGGCUUGAAUGCAUUGAUGUGUAUAUGUGACCAGGGCUUUUCCACCUAGGAGAAAAGUUUAGUCAGUGAUGCGACGCGAUUGCAGUUAGAAAGAGAAAAAUGUGCACGUUUUUCGCAUGAAAGCGAACGUGAUAUAUUUCAAUUUUUUCUUCGAUUCUUUUUCGAACGAGAAUUUUGCAUCGCGUUUGAAUUUAUCGAUAAUUUAUAAUUUGCAGUGAAGAAUUUACAAUUUACGGCUUAUUGCUUAUGGCUUGCAGCUUACGGCUUACGGCUUACAGUUCACGAUUGUGUAGUUCACUAACUUUCGUUUCUCGGUUUUGUUAAAUUUGUUAAAUCCAUUUUGUUUUUUUUCUUAUAUAUCGAAUCCUGCGUAUUACUCUUCGAUAACAUGUUUUUCCUAUUAUAUAUUCUAUCAAAUUUAUUUCCAUUUAAAUUUUUUAUUAUUGAUUAGUUAUUUAUUUUCAAUUGGAAAUAUUAAAGAACUGGUGAGUAAUUAAAGAAUGGCAAGGAAUAAGCAUAAAAAUAUUAAUAUAAAAUAUAAAAUUUUUUUUCAACGACAUUGCAAUAUAAGUGUAGUGGAAAAACGAUAAGCAUGUACAAAUAUGUCUAGAUUAACAUUUUAUCUUAAAUUAAUUCGAUCCAUGUUCUUCAUAUACAGGAAUUAAAUAAAAGGCAGCUAAAAAAUUUUAAGAUUAUAGAUUAAUUAAAAAUUUUAAAUCGAAAUGAUUACGAAUAUAAUUAUAAUAUAAUUUAAUAUAAUAUAAUAUAAUUCAAUAUAAUUGAAUUAUAUAAUGAAUACAAUUUGAUUACAAUUAAUUAUCGAUCUGAUUAGUUAUGAGUCGAAUGAUAUUUUUUCUUCUAUGUCAUUUUAUAUACAGAGUGUUAAUGUAUUUGUGGGACAUUUUUAGAGAAUCGAUUCUAGUGAUUAAAAUAAGUACAAAAGUUGAUAUUAUAUAUAUGACAACAUUAUAUAUACAUAAUAUAUAUAUAACAAAAAUGUCGAUUUAUUAAGUUAAGUUUAUUUAUUAAAUUAAUUAUUUAAGUUUGCAUUAGAUGAAACGGCAAAAAAUAAAACGGUUUCAUUCUAUCUUCGUCUAUUUUAUUUAACACAAACUUAUUUAAAACAAACUUAAAUUGUUUAUAAUUAAAUAAAUAAGUUUUUCUUUUUUCUUAAUUUUUUAAAGUAUUUUUUUACUUAAUUUAUUUAUUUUGUUUCUCUUUGCAACUGCUUUGCUUAAUAUGCUUUCUAUAUUAUAUUUCCAUUUUUUUUUAUCUUUUUUCUCAUAUAAAAUUUUCAAAAUAAAAGUAUAUAUAUCUAUAAUAUAUAUAUCUUCGAUAACAUUUGGAAUAUUUUGCAUUGAUAAAUAAAUGAAGAUUAUAUCUAAAACUUAAUAACGGGAAUGUGAACGCGUCCACGCAAUAAUCGUGGUUAAAGACACUCGGAACAAUAAAAUCAUGUGGGCUGCAGUCACGAGGUCUUUGGAAAUACUGGUUGCCUUCUUCGAAUAUUACACUACCAGAGCGCAACUGGAAACAACCGGUAGUCCAGCGAAUAAACCAGCAUCAUCGGCAAGUGGAAGUGGCACAGGUGGAACAAGUGGGACGAGUGUCGGGGCGAAUAACUUGACGACAAGCGGAGUAGCCACGGGAAGUAGCGGAUCUGGAUCAGGCGCCACUGUAUCUGGCAUUGGCACUGUGAAUGCAGGAACUAGUGGUAUCGGCAUCGGGACAAAUGUUGGUACCGGAAAUGUGGCCAGUGGAACGGUUGAAUCUCGUACAUCGACGAUCGGAGUACAAAAUAAACAAUUGCAAAAUGUCAAAGGAGAACAUCCUUCGAAAGCAUUCCUACAAAAUAGAUCGAUGUCUUUAGUGGACAUGUACAUUGAUAAUUCAGAACCCAGCGAAAAUGUUGGUCAAAUUCAUUUUAGUCUGGAAUAUGACUUUCAAAAUACUACGCUUAUCCUACGUAUUAUACAGGGUAAAGAUUUGCCAGCAAAGGACUUAUCCGGAACGUCCGAUCCUUACGUUCGUGUAACUCUUUUGCCGGAUAAAAAACACCGACUUGAGACGAAGAUAAAAAGACGCACGCUAAAUCCUCGAUGGAACGAAACAUUUUAUUUCGAAGGUUUUCCAAUUCAAAAAUUACAAAGUCGAGUGUUACAUUUACAUGUAUUUGAUUACGAUCGAUUUUCAAGAGAUGAUUCCAUUGGAGAAAUGUUUCUUCCGCUAUGUCAGGUUGAUUUUUCGGACAAACCUUCGUUCUGGAAAGCUUUAAAACCUCCAGCAAAAGAUAAAUGUGGAGAAUUAUUGUGUUCUUUAUGUUAUCAUCCGAGCAAUUCCAUAUUGACUUUAACACUUUUGAAAGCUAGAAAUUUGAAAGCAAAGGAUAUUAAUGGGAAAUCAGAUCCGUAUGUAAAAGUAUGGUUACAAUUUGGAGAUAAGAGAAUUGAAAAACGAAAAACUCCUAUAUUUAAAUGUACUUUAAAUCCAGUAUUUAACGAAGCCUUUUCAUUCAAUGUACCGUGGGAAAAAAUUCGCGAAUGUUCGUUGGACGUAAUGGUAAUGGACUUUGAUAACAUUGGUCGAAAUGAAUUGAUUGGACGAAUUCAACUUGCAGGAAAAAAUGGAAGUGGAGCAAGUGAAACAAAACAUUGGCAAGAUAUGAUUACGAAACCACGACAAACAAUCGUACAAUGGCAUCGAUUAAAACCGGAAUAAAGAUGCCAAUAAAAUUCAAAAUGUUCAAAAUCUAAAAGUAACAAGAUCGAUGGUUGCUAUUUUAUUUGAUUCUUCUUAUUCGAUUGGUUGUAAUGCAGAACGAAAAAUAGAAAAGAUUGAAGUUCUACGAGAGAGAUUUCCCAUUUUCAAGAAUAUAUGAUGAGCAUAUAAAAGCAUAUAAUAAGCAUUAUUCUUAUUGAGAGGAACUUCUCUCGUGUUAAAUUAUUUUCUUCAAUAUCGGUACUUCUCGUGUUUAUUUAUUUUUCUUUCUUAUCAUGUACCAUAACGACUCCACGAUGAAUAUAUCGAAUUUAUUAUCUUCGCGUAUAAACUCGUUCUCACAUGACUCAUGUAUCAUAAUGUUUUCAUAUACAUAUAAUAUACAUACAAAGGAACCGAUAAAGAUGCUCGAAAGCGUAAUCAAUUAAUAUUAUUUUUAAAUUUUUAUUGACAUUUAACAUUAAAUGUUAUUUUUAUGACUGUUUUGCACGAGUAAAUACAUAUAGAGUAUGUAAUACUGUUGCUUCGAAAUCCGUGAUGCGUCAAGCGUCCUCAACUGUAUUUAUAUCCGGUGUCUUCCGAUUAUAGUAUUAUGGCUACUCUAGAAAAAAAAAUUUAAUGAUAAAAAAUUUAAUGAAUUCUCUGUAAUUGUCUUCUAAUAAUGUUGCAUAAUGAAUAGAUUAUUAAUAGAUAUUAUUUUUCUAAUUGAAUGCUGUGAUGUGAUGAUUUUUCAUUUUUAUUCAUACUACUUGUAUUUUUUUGUAUUUGUUUACUAUAUAUCCUUCUAUUCGGGAUCAAAUCAAUCAUUUCUUUUUUUUUCUUUUAAACAUUUAUUUUUGUUUUAUUAUUUUUUCUUCUUUUUGUUUCUUUAUUUUAUGACAUAUCAUUGAUUAUCGCAUAGAAAUACAAUUGGAGCAAGACACCGGAAUAUAAUGUUGAAUUCUCAUAAGUAGAAUCCAUAAAACAGCGAUAUUUUUGACGGAAUUUUUGUAUCGACCUAGUCGGAAAUCUUUUGAAAGCGAUGAAAAUUGUGAUCGGUGUUACACCUUGAAUAAUCUUAAGCGUUAAAUUCGAUAGUUUGCUGUUGUUGACGAUAACACGUAGAAAGAUCCUUGAGAUCAAAUUCAGAUGGCGAUUUUGCAUACAUUAUACGUAUGUUGCGCUCGUGUACGUGUACAUGUACGUUUGCAUAUACGUGUGAUAUUUGUGUGUCGAAAUGCGAAUAUUCUUGUAUAUGUGUCGAAUGUGCAGUGCGUCGUGAAAAAAACAACGAUAAUUCUAAUUAUUCGCAAAUUGAAAAGCGUUACGUAGUUACGUUUAGCGUAGCGCUUUUAGGUUACAUAGAUGCAUUUGUAGACUGAAAGUGUAAAAAUCGAUAUUGCAGCAAAGAUAUAUUCUGAGUAGCAUAAUCGAUGACUGAUCGAAUAUUUUUACAUUAUGUGGUUUUACAAAUUAACAAAUUACUAGUGUAUAAUAAUUGAGUGUAUAAAAAGCGUGCCGCUUUUUAGUCAAGCUAUCACGCUAGCGAGAUCGAGCGACGAAUUUUUACACGAGAAUCAAUCGAUUUUUCUCGUGUUAUGUUAAAUUCGUCUAAAUCCAUCACAUAAACGUAUAUUGUAUUUCCAUGUUGAUAGCAUUAAACGCGACGCACGAGAGCACACACGCACGCACGCACGCACGUAUAUACUUAUGUCCAUGUACAUACGCAUACAUACAUACAUAUAUGUACAUAUAUAUACAUGUGUGUGUGUGUAUAUACGAGCACUGUUGCAUAUAAAAUUAAAAAAAAUUUGCACAAAUACGCAUAUGUGUGUACACCUAAUUAUCAGGUAGCACAAAAAAUCAAUUAGACUAACGUUUGUAUAUCGUAGAUUGUAUAUUAUACUGUUGCAUAAUAAUUGAAAUGCAAAAACAAAAAAAUAUUACGAUUUGGCAUAAAUCUGUUAGAAAAAAAUAAAUUCCCCCCUCCCUCAAAGGAAAAAAUAAAAAAAAAUGUUGAAACGAUCUUAUUUAAUUAAAAUCGAAGACCGAGCGAGCGUGUAUGCAUCUGAUAAAUGCCAUGUGCAAAAUUCAUAGCGUUUAGUUCUUAAAUGAAUUGUGCGUUUAUAUAUAUAUAUAAGUAUAUACAUAUGUUGUUCAAUCGUCGCUCGAUCGUGUUUAGUCAACUAUCGUAAUGUAAAUGCGUUCUUAAAUGAUUAUACAUGAUUAUACGCGAUCAUUUAGAAAAUUAGUCUAUAAUUGGAGAAAAAGUGCCAAAAGUAAACGCGAAUGGCGGAUUGAACAUGUUUUCCGGCUCCUGGAUGUUUCUUUCUCUUUUUCUUUUUAGAUUUUUUAAUUUUUUUUUUUAAUUUUUUAUAAUUGCUUCGUUUAAUAAUUGAAAAUUUAAGAAUUAUUUAAAUUGCGGUAAAACAUGAAAAAGUUUUCGCACGAUUCGUUCAACAAUAAUGAUCGGUGGCCAAUUGAACUAUAAUGUGCAUAUAAUAUUAUUACAAUUGCAUAUCUUUAUUUUUUAAAUUAACAAUGAAAAUAGAUAUAUAAUGAUAAAAUAUAAUUUCUCUAUGGAAUUAAUUUGUCUGGCGCCAAAGAUUUAUUGUUCAAAUAAUCUAUUGCGAAAUUUUUUAUUUUUUUUUUUCUCCCUCUCCCUUUUCUUCCUCUGUUUCUUCCUCUUCCUCUUUUUUUUUUCUUGUUCCUCUUCUUGUUUUUUUAUAUAAAUAGAAUACAUGUUAAUUUCAAAACCUAUAUUUUAAAUUCAAUCAACAUAUGUAUUAUAUAUUGUAUAUUACAUAGUGUACAAAUUAAUUCGAAUUGGAUGCGAAUUGGGCCUUAUACCAUGGAUUACCUCAAUCGUAAACAACUUGACAGUCAAGUUCUAGUUUGCGACUACAAUAAAACAAACGUUAAUAAGAUUUUAAACCGAUUUCAUAAAAACAAUUCAUUUUUCAAUAUUUAAAAAAUAUAACAAAUCAAACGUGAAAUUGAAAUUAGAUAUUCAUCUUGUAUUAUUGUUAUGUUUGUGCGUGUCAUUAUCUAAUAGUAAAUUGAGAAUAUGGCAUUAUUCGAUUAAGAGUGAAUCAAAACAUGGAAUCAAAUUGAUAUGAUAUUAGAACCGCGUAAAACGCGAUUACUACCUUUUUUUAGAUUUUCGAUCUUUCGUUCGACCGAAUUAUUAAAAAAAGAUGGAAUUUUCUGUUUUUUCUUUUGUGUUACUUCAUAAUAAUUUUUUUCAAUAUAUAUUCGAAUGAUUAUAUGAAAAAAAACUUAUUGAUUUUUCUUUCAGAUUUAGUAUUUAUAUUAGUAUUUAUAUUAUAUUAUAUUAUAUUAUAGUAUUUAUAUUAUAUAUAUGAAAUUUUCAAUUUGUCUUUCAAUUUUCAAAUUGACAAAUUCUAAUUAUAUGUAUAAGUUAUUUGAUUAAUAUGUGAAUUAGCUUUUGUUUAAAGUUCUAAACGGAAAAAAAAAGAAAAGUUGAAAAAUAAGGAAAAGGUGAAAAGCUUGAUUUCAUUCAAAUAAAACAAUUUGAAAAAUGUUAGGGAAGAGAAUAUGUAGAAACAUAAAUGUUAGAUAGAAAACAUAGUAAAUAUAAAAUGAUAUAUGAUCCUUGAUCAUAUUUCAUCUCUUCGAAACAGAAGAGGAAAUUUUGUGACAAUGUAUUAUUAUUUGAUAUAUUGUGCGUUAGAAUAUACAAUGAAAAUAUACGCGUAGAAAUGAUAGAUAAAAUAAACAGAAUUCUAUUGAUCAAGUCAAAGAAGUAAGCGCAAAUAUAAGAAUAUAAAAAAAAAAGAAGAGAAAAGAAGGUAAAACAAAAGCGAAUAAAUGAUGAAGAGAAAUUUCACGAUCGAUUAUGUUCUAUCCUUGUAAAUACAUGAUAUAUUUUUUAACUUCUCUUGUUUGUUGUAUACAUACAGAAUUGUUCUAUUAAGAAGAAGAUUAAGAAAAAGAAGAAUGAAAAAAGGAGGAAGAUAAAUAGAACAAGAUGUUAAAAGAAAAUUUUUUUUAAUAAAUACUAUGUAUUUACAAAUGAUAGAAAACGAGAGGAGGGGGGAGGAAAGGAGAGGGGGAGGGAUAUAUAAUAAAAUAACAAACGAAAAAAGAAACGAACUCCGUUCGAAAUAUAAUUGCAAUUUCGCGAUGAUAUAUAUCAUUCAUUGUCGAAAAUUGCAUGAACAGAUCCGCGUAGCUAGAUUUGCUUAGUCAAAUAUCUGCUUAACAAGAUAUUUGCAUUAGUCAAAUUCUUGUAGCUAUGUUCGUGGAAUAAUAUUUUGAUCAUACAGAUUUAAUGCUCUCGUUUUUUUGUUAUUGUAUUGCUUAUUUAUGUAUUAUAUUUUAUCGAUCAAAUCUCAUAAAUUCUUAAUGAAUAUGUUAUUUGCUUCAUAUCUCAUUCUUUUAUUCUGAGUCUAAUAACCGACUCAAUCAUACAUAUCUAUUUUAUACUGUUAUUUUAUCCUUCUCCUGCCAACCCAAGAAUGAAAUACAUUCAUUAACUUUUUAACCAUAAAUUCGAUAUGUGUUUUCUUCGAAAUAUUGUUUUAUAAACUAAUAUCGUUGAUAAAUUGAUCGAACGGAGAUAUUUAUUUCCUGAAUAUUGCUUGAUGCUCGACACAUGUUGUAUAUUCGAAUAAAGAGAAUUUCGUUUGAGAAA